AUGGGGACGGCCCAGCUCCGGGGGCUGCUGUGUGUGCUCAUUGUCUCAGAACUCCAAGGUGCAGCUGAAUCAUCUGACUCAGAAAAGUGUGUCCUGGCAGAGGGAGAGACCCUGAAAGUGCAGUGCCCCUUCAACAUCCAGAAACAUGCCUACAGCAGGAAGGCUUGGCAGAGGCUGAGGGAUGGAGAGGAACCACUGACCCUGGCAGUCACAGAGAGCACCUCGGGGAAUCACAGUAGAGUCCAAACAGGGAAGGUCACGCUGGAAGACUUUCCUCUUGAGGCCAUGCUGCUUGUACGAAUGGCAAACCUUCAAGUAGAAGACUCGGGAGUGUAUCAGUGUGUGAUCUACCAUCCUCUCAAGGACCCUGAAAUCCUGUUCCAUCCUGUCCACCUAGUGGUGGUCAAGGAUCUUCUGAAUACACCUGACCCUGAAAAGAAGCCUACUCAGAACUUGCCUCCUACCACCACCAAGGCCUCAAGCCCUCAACAUACCCCCAAGUUUAACAUCUCCACUUCUAAUCCCACAGUCAACCUUCAAAAUGUCAGCAGGGUCCCUGUGUUCAGCAUUGUCGUUCCCGUGGUCUGUGGACUCCUGAGUAAGAGCCUGGUCUUCACUGUCUUGUUAGCUGUCACACAGAAGUCAUUUGGAUUCUAAACCCAUGAAUCCAUGAGAAUGAUCUCUGACCUCCAGCCACAUCCAUCUGGCAGUUGUGCCGGAAGAGAAGUGGGAGGUGGGGGAGAAAAACUGGGGUG